GACAAUUUCCCUCCGCUGUCACCGCUUUCGUCGCCUCCAGCCAAGGGAAGUUCGCAAUCUCGAGGCAGUAAGGCCAAGUCAUCCUCGCAAAGGAGCCACGUAGCAAAGGGCACAGUGAUGUCAUCCGCCGAAAGCAGCACUGAAGUCGAGAUGGAGGACGACGAAGCGCUGCAACCGUUCCCAUUGCAGACGCAGCUCCUCGAGAGUAUUGGCUAUUCCCCUCCGAAGCGCUUGGAUGGACGGAGUAGCGACCUCGAAGAAGACGAAGCGUGGCGGGCACGCAAGAAGCGAAGAGCAGACCCCAGCGAAAGACUUGUUGACAUCUUGCGCGAUGACGACUCUGACUUCGACGAUGAGGAUAUGGUUCUGCUAGGAAGGGACGUCGACCCGCAUACACUCUGUCCGUGGUGCGACGAACGCCUCCCACUAGCGCCUUCACCCCAUCUUGAAUCUCUCAUCGUCACGGCCCGCGGUGCAUCCGUCCGCGAUGUUCGUCCGACCAAUCCGUUGGGCUUGCGUGCACCCCUAGGCAUGUUCGUCAGCGUCUGUCAGCGACAUCGGUUCGAAAGCCACCAGGUACCCAAGGCUCAAGCACGCGGCUGGCCCACGAACAUUGACUGGAACCGUGUUGCCCCGCGCGUGAAGGCGCUCAAGCCCCGAUUGCAGGAGAUCAUUGACGACGUCGACGAGGAGUUUCUGCCAGGUGCACACAGGGCAGAUGGCGCUGAGGAAGAUGAUGACAUCGAAAUAUGGGCCGAUAAACCGAGAAAGGGCAGUAUCUUCUGGCAAGACGUCGUGAAGAGCGUACGCAAGAGUGGGUCAAGGAAGACCGCCGGGGUUGCCGGCCAGCUCGCGAACUUCAGCAAGACACAGCCCGGCUACUAUGGCGAACUCGGAUACGUGAUCAUCCACCAGACCAUGUACGACAUGUUCCCGCCUGCGUCGUUUCCCCCCGACUCCACUCUUCCCCUGAAUCCGACUGACUUCAUUCAGCUCAUUCUCAUUCCCGAGGCCGCCGUCUCCUUGAUCAUGGAAGACAUGGGCCAGACGCGGGACGAGGCGAUCGUGACGCUGCGCGACAGCGCCGAAUAUGGCGUCGCAAUGUUCCCGGAUGACCAAGCCGAGGGUGCGAACGCGGUCGACCAGGGCGAACGGAUCAUCAUGAAGCGUGCUCAAGCACGGCGACGGGAGCUCGAAGUAGAAGACCGAAUAGAAAAGGAAAUGCUCCAGGCGUUACCAAAGGGCGCGGAGUCGUCGAACGGUCGCCCGAAGCCGAGACGAAGGGCCAAACUCGAUACUGUGGCCGCUCAACUCGAUAGCGAGAAGAGUGAUCUGGAAUUGGCAAUUUCCAAACCCUCCACGAGGAGCAAGGGCAAGGCGAGGAGCAAAGGUAGUCGUGACCACUCUGACUCCGAGGCCAGCGCGAUGGUCGUCGCAGCAACGUCCAGCGACGAACCUCCAAGCCCUCGCAGCAGAGACGGACCUGGUCGAGUACUGCGUUCCCAGUCUCGGGCGCGUAGUAUAACAGCGAGCUCUGACAUCGAGAUGGCCGUGUCGGAUGUCGCACCGUCUACCAGUGGGUCAACCCCCAAACCCAGGCCCAAGCCCAGACGAAAGCGGGCCGAAUGCUCUACUGCACAGAAGUUGACAGACCACUCGGACUUGGGAGAAACGGGAGCAGAUGGGAUCCACAGACCGCAGCAGCCACCGAGUCCGCGGCCAAUCCCAGAGGUACGUUGGGACAGCACUGGUCAAGCACAUGUCAGCAAUAGCAGAGCUGGGUCCAUUGUCGAUGAUGAUCGUACGCCAAGGGCGACCAAGAUAUCGCGGACGUCAUCCGAGGCGUCGAAGAAAAGCGACGUCUAUCCACUGCGAAGGGCGCGGGAAAGGCGAGAGAAGAGCUCGAGUGACAACUGGUCGCGUACCUUGCGGGAUGACGGUCGUUCUGGGGUUACAACGGAGGAUGACUCCGAAGGAUCCGCAUCUCGGUCUCGUAGGGCAAAGUCCUCUGCAAGCCAACCAGACAGGUCAACGACCGCUCAGGGCAACAAACCCCUUAAGUUUGGAUGGCUACUUAACGACCAAUCGUCAGAUUAAAGUGGGGCGCGUUGGGAAUGGUGCACCAAGAAGUCAUUCUCUUGACUCUGACGGUCAUCAUCGAGAGCCCUCUUCUCUAGACUAAUACCGUACUAUGAUACUGUUGGCAUACUGACCUAAAAUACACUUCGUGCUUAGCGUAAAGAUAAUUCCGCUCGAUCUAUUUCAACGAAUGCCCUGAAGUUGCG